AUGAAUAAUUAGUUUCAUGUAUAUGGCUAAAAUAGUAUAAGAAAGCAUAACUUGGAGAAAAGAAAGUUAUAAACAUUAUUUUUUCCUAACAAAUGGAAUUUUCAUUACUUUUUUAAUAUGAUGAAGGAUUGUCAAUAAUUUAUUAUAGCAUGUAUAUCUGAAAUAGAUCAUUCUUGGAUAAUAAAAUUAUUAGUAUUAUUAGCAAAUGGAGGAAGAAAAAUUUAUUUGAUUAUGGAUUGUUAAGAAGAUCAAAAAAAUGAUGAAUUAUUUUAAGCAAUGAUUUGUGAAUUGUUAAUAGAAAGUCAAUUUAAAAUAAAGAUAGUUGUUAACACAAAAAAAUAUGAAAGUUUACCAACUAAUUUUUGUGUAAUUGAUGGAAAAGUGUUAAUUACAACUUCUGCUAAUUGGACUAUAAAUUCAUUCAAAAAGAGUCAUGAAUGGAUGAUGAUUGAUAAAAAAUAUGAUAACAUUGUAGAAAUGAUAGAAAUAUUUGAAUAAAUGUGGAACUAAUUUAAGUUUGUUACAUUUAUUAAUGAAGACAUUGCUUUAUUAGAUAAUGAUGAUUCUUAAUUUUAAUUGGUAUUUACAUAUUCAUAGGAUUGUGUUGUGGAUACAUUAUGA